AUGUUCCUCGAAAGUGGGCUUCAAAAUCGCGAAACAUUAGACGCUUUCGGAAGCGUCGAUGCUCAGGAGUUCGAUUGUCCUCCCGGAGUCGACGGUGCCUACCCUCACCCAGAAUUCUGCUGGAUGUACUACGAUUGCUUCAACGACAUAGCGACUCUGCUGGAAUGCCAACUGGACUACCUCUUCUCCGACGUCAACCUUUGGUGUGACUUCCCCGAUGUGGUAGACUGUGGAGACAGACUUCCCAGGCCCACAGGCAGUACACCCUCCGGAGGGACCGAUCAAACCACACCAGUUGAUAGCAGUACAACCACCAUCGGCAGUUCCACCACCGGCGGGGGAGGUUUUCAAUGUCCAACAGCCAAUGGUUAUUAUCCUCACGAUGUCUUCUGCUACAUGUACUACGAAUGCGUAAAUUUCUUUGCUUACCCGCACGAGUGCCCCGGCGAUCAGCUCUUCCAUCGAGACCUAACGGCGUGCAGACCUCCCCCCGAAGUGGACUGCGGGAAUCUCCUACCAAGACCCACCACGCCCAUCAGUCACAAGGACUUAGCUUUGACAGUUGUAACAUCGGUGAUCAUGGAAGUUUUGCAGGAAAUAGAGGAACGAAUGCCUAACACUGCAAAGGUUCCCUAUGAUGAGGAGGCUAUGGAAAAUGCUAUCCUUGCCGUGAGGAACUGCGAUCUCACUGUACGUGGGGCGUCGAAGCAGUUUGCAGUUCCCAAAACUACACUGUCUGCUCGUCUGGAAGGCAAAGCCAAAGCUUUCAUAGGGCCACCUCCAAUUUUAACACACGAAGAGGAGAGGAGGCUGGUCAAUUGGAUCAUUGCAUCCCAAAAGAAAGGGAAGAGCGUGGCGCAAGGGUUUCUUGAAACGGCACCCGGAGUUGACCCUCCGCACCCCAGAAGGAAUCACGAAGGCCUCGGCAUGCAUUUCGAAGGAGGACAUUCGGAGCUGGUUCAAGAACGUUCACAAGGAAAUCUGCAAAAGGGUUUCUUGAAACGGCACCCGGAGUUGACCCUCCGCACCCCAGAAGGAAUCACGAAGGCCUCGGCAUGCAUUUCGAAGGAGGACAUUCGGAGCUGGUUCAAGAACGUUCACCAGGAAAUCUGCAAUGAGAAUGGUGCUGCUGCAUUGUCGGAGCCGGAACGGAUCUGGAAUGCGGAUGAGACAGCGUUUGAACUCUGCCCCAAGAGUGGCAAAGUCUUGGCUCCUCGUGGAACCAGGAACGUGGACGUUGUGGCUAUGGGACAGAAAAAAGAAAAUCUGACAGUUCUGUGCAACUUUUCCGCUGCAGGAAAAAUUGCCCCGCCCCUCAUUAUAUUUCCGUACAUUCGGAUGCCUCGACUUCAAAGAAGGGACCCAGAAAACGUGGAUUAUUCACGCUGUCUCGGAGUGAAAAAAUCCCAUGACGUCCUUGCUCUUGAAGAAGACACUGCUAUUAGACCAACCCCCCAGCACAUCUCCCUGCAGGACUUCAAAGACAUCGUAGGAGGAGAGCUCCUCACUGCGCUCGAGACAGGGGUUCGACCCCAAGAACAAGAGGAGAUCUGGACAGCUAUGGUCAAUUUGUUCCGUCGCUUCCUAAGUGUCAAUCCCACUGUACCGCUCCUUGACACGGAUGCAGAUGCUGCUGCUGCUCCGGAUUCAAUGGUCGAUAAUCCUCCUCCAAGUCCCGUCCCCCGUCGACCUGUCAGUCCUCUCUAUGCACAAAUCGGGGCAGUUCCUGAUGAGUCCCAGAUUGAAUCUGAAGAACUUGGACGUCCAGGGCCUUUCAUCAAUGACUUUCUUGUUUGGCCAGGGACUCCUAAAAGAAAGGGCUCUCGCAACACUGAGCGGUUCCCUUGGACAUUGUCCAGUAAGAAAUGGAAAAAUAUGUUUCGGGAUAAGGAUGACGGAAAGAAAAAAAUUGAAAUGCAGAAGGAACAACGGAAGAGAGUCCGAGAGGAAAAAAAAGAGCUGAAAGAAAUUGAGAAGGAACAACGGAAGAGAGUCCGAGAGGAAAAAAAAGAGCUGAAAGAAAUUGAGGUAAAGAAGAGGAAGGACGAACGGAAGGCCAAGAAGAACCAACAGAAGAGUGUUGCUGGUGAACCAGAGAGAGUUACGGGGAAACCGAAGAAAAGGAUUAAAGAAGAUAUGGUGACUGUGACUAACGUUGGACUGACAAAGAAGCCCGGAGAAAACAAGAGCACCGAAGGACUGCGACUCACUGUGGCUAUGGAAAAGAUCACAAUUAAAUGUAUUGUGAAUGGCUUUCGAGUCUGUGGAUUGUCGCCAUGGGACCCAGAAAACAGGGACCCAGAAAACGUGGAUUAUUCACGCUGUCUCGGAGUGAAAAAAUCCCAUGAUGUCCUUGCUCUUGAAGAAGACACUGCUAUUAGACCAACCCCCCAGCACAUCUCCCUGCAGGACUUCAAAGAUAUCGUAGGAGGAGAGCUCCUCACUGCGCUCAAGACAGGGGUUCGACCCCAAGAACAAGAGGAGAUCUGGACAGCUAUGGUCAAUUUGUUCCGUCGCUUCCUAAAUGUCAAUCCUACUGUACCACUCCUUGACACGGAUGCAGAUGCUGCUGCUGCUCCGGAUUCAAUGGUCGACAAUCCUCCUCCAAGUCCCGUCCCCUGUCGACCUGUCAGGACUCCUAAAAGAAAGGGCUCUCGCAACACUGAGCAGUUCCCUUGGACAUUGUCCAGUAAGAAAUGGGAAAAUAUGUUUCAGGAUAGGGAUGAUGGAAAGAAAAAAAUUGAAAUGCAGAAGGAACAACGGAAGAGAGUCCGAGAGGAAAAAAAAGAGCUGAAAGAAAUUGAGGUAAAGAAGAGGAAGGACGAACGGAAGGCCAAGAAGAACCAACAGAAGAACGCAACACUGAGCGGUUCCCUUGGACAUUGUCCAAAGGAACAACGGAAGAGAGUCCGAGAGGAAAAAAAAGAGCUGAAAGAAAUUGAGGUAAAGAAGAGGAAGGACGAACGGAAGGCCAAGAAGAACCAACAGAAGAGUGUUGCUGGUGAACCAGAGAGAGUUACGGGGAAACCGAAGAAAAGGUUUGAAGAAGAUAUGGUGACUGUGACUAACGUUGGACCGACAAAAAAGCCCGGAGAAAACAAGAGAACCGAAGGGCAGCAACUCACUGUAAACACAUCCCGAAUGAUGACGAGGAAUGCUAAAAGAACUAUUGAUGCAAUGAAUUGA